CCAGAGACUCAGUAGUUACUCAGAGGCAGUACAGGUGUCUGCCCACCACCGGCGGGCCCACCGUGCCACCGACUGCAGGCCCCAAGUCUUUUGUCUACGAGGUGACAGGCUAUUGCUCUUCUUCCCCUCUCAGCUGCCAAAGGGUCAGUGAGGCGACCGCGGAACGCGCCCUCCGGUGCUCCUGGGGCCAGCCUCGGUGCGCUCGGAGCUCGGACAUCGCGGACAUCGGACUACAACUCCCGAGAGGCCUCGCGCCGGAGGCCGCUGCAGGGCUGCACCGCGGCGGCGGUGCGGGCUGCAUAGGCAGCACGUGCACACUGCGGGCGGCGGAUGGCUGCGCUCGGCGGGGUGGCUGCGCUCCGCGCGGCGCUCGGGCUCUGCGGACGGGUGGCGCGCGCGGCUUCGGGGCUCUCACCCCGGAGAGGUUAUGCCCUAGGCCCCGCUGAGAGCCCACCCACUUUUGGGUUCCUAUUGGACAUCGAUGGAGUGCUGGUGCGGGGUCAUAGAGUGAUCCCUGCUGCUCUAGAAGCGUUCCGCAGGCUGGUGAACUCCCAGGGGCAGCUGCGGGUGCCUGUGGUUUUUGUCACAAAUGCUGGGAACAUCUUACAACAUAGCAAAGCCCAGGAGCUGUCUGCCCUGCUGGGGUGCAAGGUGGAUCCAGACCAAGUCAUUCUUUCUCACAGCCCCAUGAAGCUCUUCUCCCAGUACCAUGACAAGCGGAUGCUAGUGUCUGGGCAGGGACCUGUGAUGGAGAAUGCCCAAGCACUGGGCUUCCAGAAUGUUGUUACUGUGGAUGAGCUGCGGAUGGCCUUCCCAGUUCUGGACAUGGUGGAUCUUGAGCGACGGCCGAAGACCACGGUAAUAAGGAAUACAGGAGUGGCAAGUGACUGUUGGUUGAUGGGCCUCUUUGUCUCUUGGCAGCCCCUUCUGAGGAAUGACUUCCCGGCCAUUGAAGGGGUGCUCCUCCUUGGAGAGCCAAUCCGCUGGGAGACAAGCCUGCAGCUGAUCAUGGAUGUCCUCCUCAGCAAUGGGAACCCUGGAACUGGACUGGCAACAGCCCCCUAUCCCCAUCUCCCUGUCUUGGCCAGCAACGUGGAUCUUCUUUGGAUGGCUGAAGCCAAGAUGCCCAGGUUUGGCCAUGGUACCUUUCUACUUUGCCUGGAAACCAUCUACCAGAAAGUGACAGGCAAGGAACUGAGGUACGAGGGUCUGAUGGGCAAGCCCAGCAUCCUCACUUACCAGUAUGCGGAAGACCUGAUCAGGCAGCAGGCGGAGAGGCGGGGCUGGGCUGCCCCCAUCCAGAAGCUGUAUGCUGUAGGAGAUAACCCUAUGUCUGAUGUCUACGGUGCCAACUUGUUCCACCAGUACCUACAGAUGGAGAAGCGUGGCAGGGCAGAGGAACUAGUGGCUGGUGGCCUGUGGAAGCAGCGACCCUCAGCAACCCAGAGCUGCGCCUCCAUCCUGGUGUGCACUGGAGUGUACAGUCCCCAGAAGCCAGGGUCCAUGGGGCCUGCCCACGGAGGAGCGGAGCCUCCAUUCCAUGGGCACCGGGACUUCAACUUCAGUCCGGGGCUCAUGGAGGCAUCUCAUGUUGUGAACGAUGUGAAUGAGGCUGUGCAGCUGGUUUUCCACCAGGAAGGCUGGACUUUGUAGUGAUGGGUGUUCAUCAGAGGCAAGGGGGAAGGAGGGAGGGAGCUUGGGCCACAGGUGAAUCCUGUUCGCUGGGUUCUGGUCAGGUCACUGGGUGUCAAGUCAUGGCCUGGUUCUCUUGCCACUUUGCCUGCUGCCCCAGUGCUGAGAUGUAACUGGUCAAGAACCAUGGUAUACUGGGGGUGCAGUCAGUGUGCAUGAGCCCUGGGUUCCAUCUCAAGCACUACAAAAACAAAACAAUAACAACGAGAAGAAGACAGUGACUUAUUUUUCCUGCUGAGCAGUAGCCACAGUAAUGUACCAGGGGAGCAUUUCAUGUGGAACCAUUGAGAUUUCUGAGCCCAAUUCCCACGUGCCUCUCCUGGCAAUCUGACCUCUGAAUGCUCCUUUUACCUCUGUGCCUCACUUUCCUCCUCCUUUUAGUAGGGACUUCUGAAAAAUGGGGAGGCAGUGGGAAUAAUGUGGAAGUUUCUGCAGAGCCUUCGCUCUCACUGAAGGAACCACUGUGUUUCAGCAAGGUGUGUAACUAACACAUUCUAGUUUUGACUGUAUUUUAGUUUAUUGCCCAGAGACUUUGGGGCUUUUUUUUUUUUUUUUAAAUUAAAGUCAUCCUAAU